GUAGUUUUGCUUCCGUGUCAUUUACUAAGAAACGUUGGAGACGAUUUUUAACCAGCAAAACGUGAGUUUGCUGACAUGAGAGUUAAUGUUCACUGCUUUAUACGAGCUCCUUGGAACAUGAUUUUAGUUUUUUAAGCUUCUUCAUACCUACCAGGAUGGAUCUUGGUAAGGCAAAGCUGCUCAGGACAGGUCUCAACACACUGCACCAAGCCAUCCACCCUGUGCACGGCAUCGCUUGGACAGAUGGCAAGCAAGUCUGCCUAACAUCUCUCUACUUUAUCAACGGCGACGUGAAGUUUGGUGACACAAACGUCAUCGGGCAGUUUGAGCAUGUCUUCGGACUCUUCUGGGGCCCCCUGUGCUGCUCUGAUUCUCCCGCCUUGCUGGCUGUGCAGCACAAGAAGCAUGUCACCGUGUGGCAACUGCAGCUCAGCGCUCUCGAACAGAACAAGCUGCUGUGCACGCAGACCUGUGAGAUGAGCGAGCCUUUCCCCUUGCUUUCACAAGGCUGCGUUUGGCACCCUAAACUGGACAUUCUUGCUGUGCUGACUAAGAGAGACACCUCCGUGCUGUUUUCUGUCAGGGUGGACAACAGGAGAAUCAAAGCAGAUAUCAAAGGUAGUGGACUCAUCCACUGUGCAUGCUGGACUAAGGAUGGCACACGCCUGGUGGUGGCUAUAGGCAGUGCCCUUCACUCCUACAUCUGGAAUGACAUCCAAAAGAGUCUGUUGGCCUGUUCCUUCUGUCCCAUCUUUGACGUGGGAGGCUAUAUCUGUGCCAUUGAGGCCACCGGGGAAGCCCAAGUAGCUGUGGCUACUGAGCUGCCGCUGGAUAAAUUAUGUGGGUUAAAUGCUGGCAUAGCAUUCGACUUGCCAACAGAGACAGAGGCCCUGCACAGCCAUGGCUCUCACAUGUCAGAUGAUGACAGCCUUCUGGAAUCGAGGAGAAGAUCCUUCGAAUCGGAAAGGUCCUACAUCCCUAGCUCAGGUCCUCUUGAUCUUACCCAUCUUUUGGCGAGACACCGUCGCUCUGACCCCAGCCCCCUUAUCCACUUGCGUCGCAGGGACACAGUGACAGGCUCUGGGCAGGACUCCUCGCACCUCAUUCUGGUUACCUAUGAGCGAAAGGUCACCACCACUCGUAAAGUCAGCAUUCCAGGGAUUUUGGUCCCAGACAUUGUGGCUUUUGAUCCCCAUUGUUCCACAGUUGCUGUUGCAUCAAACACAUGCAACAUGGUUCUUGUGUACUGCAUCACAGCCUCCACGAUGCCAAACAUACAGCAGAUCUCUCUGCAGCAGAACGAGAGACCCAAAGGAGUCUGUUUCCUCAGCGAUAAGAUUUUACUGUUGAUGGUGGGUCGACAGAAGUCCAACGACCCCGCUUUCCUCCCAUCUGCUAACACUGACAAAUAUAUUCUUCAUCUCAUAGCCAAAGAGUUGAUCUACGAUGGAGAGUCGCCUAUGUCUUCUAUCAUACCAUCCCCCUCUGCUCAGAGCCAUGAGUCCACCUCUAAUUUCUGCACAGGGAUUAGGAGGCACUCAGAGCACCUGUCAAAGGAUGACAGAGAGCGCCCAGGGAUAAAAGACUUGAUACUGCCUGGAAGGGGGGUUGUUUGCUCACCGGGGAACAGACGAAGAUUGGUCGAGGAGGUGAGGAGCAGCGAGCACAGCCCCAUCACCAGCUCUGUGGACUUAUCAGACAGAGCCCCGUCCAGUGCCUCUUCAGUUACAGUGGAAAACUUUGACAUGGACCACGUCAGCCGCAUGGCCAGCUUGGCGGUGGCCGGACAGGUCAGCAGAGAUUCCAGCCGAGCCAGUUCUCCUCGCUUCGAACCGUCUGACAAGAUCCACACAGAGCCGACGCUGCCUAUGCCCGAAAAGACUCCUGGCAAGGCCAAGGAGCGCGCGCUGGAGCAGCUCGUUCACAACAUGGAAAGACUUUUUACGCGCUUUGCAGAAGUGCAGCAGUGCCUGACAGAAAUCCGAGAUUACACUCAGAAUGGCAAAAAGGCCCCAAGUGUCUACCCUAAUGCCAGCGAACCCCCGUAUGUCAAUGUCACAUGCCAGAAGCAGUUGUCAGAAAAUGUUUUCAUUGACGAGCGGAGGCCGGUGCUGCUGUGUGACGGGAAGCUGUGUCUACGUGCACUUCAAGACCUCUUCAACCUUACCAUUGUGGAGAUGAUGUAUGGACCGUUGUGGGUUGUUCUUGUGGCAGAUGCAGAUGGCUUUGUGCCUCUGACAUUUAAGCCCAAGGAGGAGCUCACGGUGCGAAACGGGAAGCGGAAAUCAACUCUGCGGACUCCCGUGAGUCCAGAGAACUCUUGCCCAUCCAGUCCAGCCCCCAGCCAAAGCCCAAACACAACCACAGAGGCCUCCGUGUAGCCACUCCUAACGCACAGUUCAAUAUAUGGACUCACAAAACAAUGUCCCUCUGUUACCAUGAUGUAUUUGACUGUCACUUCCAGAGUGAUGAAAUGGACCACAGCUGUAUGACAGAAUUACUCUUGUGUGUGUUGAAAUGACAGCCGUUUGAUAAGAGAUGCUCAUUGCACUCCAUGCAUUGUUUACAUUUUCUUCUUUUUAAAAAAAAUAAACCUGUGCAGUUCGUGUUUUUGCUGAAGCAGGACGUGCUGAUUAGUCCGGCAGCAGUUCUGAGUACGUUUUAGAUGUGUUUGGGACGUGUUUCUGAUUGUUCUGAUGUCUUCUUAUAUGAACAAAUGGAGGCUAAUGGUCUUUUCUUGAAGCAGAAGUAGAUGUAUGAAAUUCAGGUUUUACACUUAAAAUGUCAAGUUUAGCACUUUACCACCUCAAAUGUUCUGUCUGACCUCGUAUUACAUCCCCCUGGAAUUUUAACACGUUCAGGAAAACCCACGUGACCACUAGAGGGGGCAACAGUCAACAGUAACUUUUCUCUCAUGGUGAUACCCUGCUGUUAGGACCGCUGUGGUUUGUUUUGAAAGUCCAAAGAAAGGAAUGUUUGGGGAGCUUUCUGAAAAUUAAAUUUGUAUAUGUAGUGCUUCUU